AGCUGAAAAUGUCUGAAGAGGAUUCUAGAAAAUCAAAACUUCAUUUUGUAGAAAAAUUCGGUAUUCCAGGAGUAAUAGGGUGUAUUGAUGGAACACAUGUGGCUCUGAUUAAACCUUUUGAGAACGAGCAUCUAUUUUUUAACCGAAAAGGAUUUUUUAGCAUAAACGCAAUGAUUAUUUGUGAUUUUGAUAUGAUAAUAAGAGCAGUAGAUGCAACUCGGCCUGGUGCAAGCCAUGACGCUUUCGUAUUUAGUAUGAGCAGUGCAAAACACUAUUACCUAUCGCAGUAUGAAGCUGGUGACCGAGGGUCUUGGCUACUGGGAGAUUCUGGUUUUGGUAUAGAGCCAUUUCUACUGACUCCAUAUAGAAACCCAGGCCCAAGAUCGGCAGAAGAUUUGACCAGCAGCAUGCAAAAGCACGUAACAUCGUUGAGCGUGUUAUAG